GCAGGAAUGGUUUCACUGGGGUGUUUAUUUGAUUAUAAAACAGUCAAAUAUGUUGUCACUACGAAUAGAACAGUCGGAGUCUUAUACAGAAUAUUUCAACUCGUUGUCGUUGCAUAUCUAAUCGGGUGGGUGUUCAUGAAAAAUAAAAAAUACCAAAUGAUAGAUGACACAAUUGAGAGCUCUGUGAAAACAAGAGUUAGAGGAGUUGCGAUCGUCAAUACUUCAGAUGCUGAGCAAGACCUCUGGGGGCCGGAGGAUUAUGUUGUCCCUCAACAGGGUGACCAUGUUUUACUUGUAAUGACCAAUUUUUUAGAGAUUCCGAACCAAACGUUAGGCCACUGUCCAGAGAACCCAUCGAUACCAAACAGUGAGUGCGCUUCGGAUGAAGACUGCAGAAAGGGGGAGGCUGUUGCUGUUGGAAAUGGGAUAAAGACUGGCAUAUGUGACAUCACUAAUUCCAAAGGCACUUGUGAAAUAUAUGGCUGGUGUCCAGUUGAAAUGAGAAAACGUCCAGACGUACCAAUGGUGAGUGCAGCUGAAAACUUCACAUUGUACAUAAGGAACUUCAUUCGAUUUUCCAAGUUUGACUUCUCAAAAUCAAAUGUUCGAGAGACAACUGACAGAAGCUAUUUAAAGAAUUGCUCCUAUAAUGAAACCACAGGACAUGACUGUCCUGUUUUUCGUCUGGGAGACAUUGUACACAAAGCUGGGCACAACUUUCAAGAGAUGGCUGUAGAGGGUGGCUCAAUUGGGAUUCUGAUUGACUGGCAGUGUGAUCUUGAUAAAGGAGACUCAGAGUGCCAUCCUCACUACAACUUUACACGACUGAACACCGACAAAACAACAAAAUAUAAAUUAAAAUAUGUUAACUAUUUUAAAGGUGCUAAUGGAGAGAAAUACAGACAUUUUUAUACUGUGUUUGGAAUUCAUUUUGACAUCAUGGUUUCUGGAAUGGCAGGAAAAUUCGAUAUUAUUCCUACCAUUGUCAAAAUAGGCUCGAGUCUUGCUUUAAUGGGUGCCGGUGCUUAUUUAUGUGACAUAAUACUACUGUACACAAUGAAGAGGAGAAGUCUUUAUAGAGUGUCAAAAUAUGAGACAGUGAUCAAGUAUGUAAUGGAAGUAUGCAUGCUUCUCUUGUACUGGAACUUGUCUCAACGAGCAGUAAUGACACUACAAUCUCUGUUUUAUUAUAAAACUGUCAAAUAUGUGGUCGCGCAAAACAAGAAAGUCGGAGUUUUAUACAGAAUAUUUCAGCUCACUGUCAUUGGAUAUCUAAUCGGGUGGGUGUUUGUGGUAAAGAAAGGAUAUCAGGCCAUAGAUGAAACUAUUGAGAGUUCUGUAGUGACAAAAGUUAAAGGAGUUGCGCUCACUAAUACAACAGGUACUGGCGCACACCUGUGGGGGCCGGAGGACUAUGUCAUCCCACAACAGGGUGAGCAUGUCCUUUUCAUAACAACCAAUUUUAUAGAGACCCCAAACCAAAAAUUAGACACCUGCUCUGAGAGCCCUAAUUUACUGGAUGCUGUUUGCAGUAAGAAUGAAGACUGCACCCAGGGAGAGGCUGUUCUGACCGGAAAUGGGAUUAAGACUGGCAUAUGUCUGAAAAAGGAGAGAAAUUCUACUGGCAUUUGUGAAAUAUAUGGCUGGUGUCCCAUUGAAAACAGCCAGCGACCGAAGGUUCCACUGCUGGGAAAGGCUGAAAACUUCACCUUAUAUAUAAAGAACUUUAUUAGAUUUUCCAAGUUUAACUUUUCAAAAUCAAAUGUUCUAGAGACAAAUAAUGAAACGUAUUUAAAGAGCUGCUUGUAUGAUACGAUUCAUCAUCCAUACUGUCCUAUAUUUCUACUCGGUGAUGUUGUGCGUAAAGCUGGACACAACUUUCAGGAUAUAGCUGUCCUGGGUGGUUCAGUUGGAAUUCUGAUUGAAUGGCGGUGUGAUCUUGAUAAAGGAUAUUCAAAGUGUCAUCCUCAAUACAGCUUUACAAGUCUGGACACCAGCACGACACCCAGCUCAGUCACAGCUGGAUAUAACUUCAGAUAUGCUCGCUAUUUUAAAAAUGCUGCUGGGGAGGUGCACAGAAAUCUGUAUAAAGUGUUUGGAAUUCAUGUUGACAUCAUUGUUUAUGGAACGGCAGGAAAAUUCAAUAUUAUUCCUACUGUUGUCAACAUAGGCUCAGGUCUUGCUUUAAUGGGUGCUGGUGUAUUCAUCUGUGAUAUGGUACUACUGUACCUGAUGAAACAGAGCACAUUGUACAGAAAGAAGAAAUUUGAGAAAGUGAACAGAACUGACAUCAAAUCAGAAGAUCCAAAAGUAAAGCUUUCACAGCAGGCCGUCCUUCUGUCUGAUCGGUAGAUAGAGGUGGAACAGAUGAAUGCCACGUACACAGCAAUGUUUCAAAUCUUAUUUAUGAAUCUCAGUACGUUUAGUUAUUGUCAAAGAAUAUUAUUGUACUGUACACCAAGUCAUAAGUAAAAAUGUGAAAUGCGGUGAAGUAUUUCUCUGCUGUUUAUUUGAACCACUGUGACGUGGCAAACAAUGCGGUCCAAAUGUCUUAAGGGGAUAGUUCACCCAAAAAUGAAAAUUUUGUCAUGAAUUAAUUCAUGUUGUUCCAAACCUGUAUUAAAAAAAUGAUUUGGCUUAACACAAAGAAAUAUUUGGAAAAAAUGUUACCAAAAUGUUACUGUAAUUUCUUUGUUCUGUUGAACACAAAAGAUAUUUUGAGGAAUGUAUGAAAGUAAGCAGUUCUGAGGCACCUUCGACUACCAUUUUAAUAUUUCCUACUAUGGUAGUCAAUGAUGGCCCAGAUCUGUCAGUUACUGACAUUCUUCCAAAUAUCUUCCUCUGUGUUCAACAGAACAAAAAAACGUAUACAGAUUUGGAACAACUCAAGGGUGAGUUAAUGAAGACAGAAUUUUCAUUUUUGUCACUUUAAUUGUUUGUCAUGUAUUCUUAAAGAUGUAUUUUUUUCAGACAUACUGUACUGUAGUACAACAGCUGUUGAACAUAUGUAGUAAAUCUGAGGAUCAUUAAUGAAAAUCCAGGGAGCCCUUUUUCUUCACCAUAAAUGAGCUGAUUUUUAUUUUGUCAACACAUUUUCUCUUGCUGUCAAAUUAGUUAAGUUGGACAAACAUCCUACAGAAUGUAAAACAAUUUAUUAAUGUCCAAAAAUGAACUGCAGACAAAAGCAGGAUGCACCAAAGACCCCUAACAUGUAUCAGUGAAAAAGGCCCACCCCGCUACUAUCCUUCCAGCCAUGCAGUAUUCAUUUCUGUUAAAAAAUCCCUGAUUUCCGCCUUUAUCCUUUGAAGAUGGCACAGUUUUGUACAAAGCCAAUUAAAGGCGUGUCAGUUAAACGCCCCUGGGGUUACCUCAGUUUAGACGCAAGUGCCAAAUCUGUCAAAAAGUCCUGUGGGUGGUAAUCAGUGUAAAAAUAAAGUGUUUUUUUGUUUCUCGACACCUCUAAGCCCCCUUGACAAGAUUAUUAUUAAGCCCAGAACAGCCAGUACCACGUUGUUGUAACCAUUACCAUGUACCAUAUAUUACCAUGUAAUAUACAUUCUGACAAUUAUCACACAAUAAAAUGUAUUCAUGAGUAUUCAAUGUCAAAUCCCAACAGUACAAGGAUGACACAAACACACUUUG